AUGACAGAUAACUCUCAAAAGAUGAACUACCACAUUGGAGAAGCUAAAGGCCAAGCUCAGAUUCACUAUAUCGAGAAAGCAAACAAUAUGAUGGACAAGGCAAGUCAUGCAGCUCAAUCAGCUAAAGAAUCAAUGCAAGAGGCAGGACAACAAAUAAAGGCCAAAGCACAAAGUGUAGCUGAUACUGUCAAGGAUGCUACUGGAAUCAACAAGUGA